UAUAGUAAUCAAAAAUCGAAUUUAGUGUUUGUUAAUAAUCGAUGUAGUGGUGAACACCAUCUCUAAAUGGUUAUAAUGUAUAUAUGCUCAUAUUAAAAUUGUUUUCGUUUUAAAGAGUAUUACAAUAAAUUGCUCGAGAAUAAGAAAAGGUUUUGAAAAGUCAGGAAUUUUCCAUUUGUCGUUCUAAGAAUUGGAUAUGAAAAUGGAUUUCGAAGUUCCUGUUCUAGCCGGAUAUCUUAAUGUGCCAAUGCAAUCUAGUUUUGCUUUAAACCGUAUAUCUAAAAAGAAAAAUUGUCACAGAUAUUGUCAACUAUUCAAUUCAAGUCGUCAUGGUAUUGAACGGCUAGAAAUUUGCGAAUCUAAGGACGACAAGAACCCAAAAAUAGUAACACUGGAAAACUGCGUUAAGAUAACACAAGAAGUAGCUCCAGCCAAUCUCAUACAAGUUAUAAAGAAAACAGAGUCCUUGACUUUAAAUGCAUUAUCAGAGGAAGAUUUGAAAGAGUGGACCAAUGCGUUACAAAUGGUUGCUUUUCGAAAUAAAAACAGUAUAAACAUUCCACAAGCUGCAAUAGAAGAAGAUAAUGAUUUGUAUUGCAGCUCUUUUGGAGAUGGUUUAUUUAUUAUUACACUUAUUCCUUCAGAAACGUCGAUUCGUUGUAACAUUGAAUCCAAAUCUUAUAUUCUUCAUCUGACUGCAACCGAACUUCAACUAAAAUGCACUGAAGAUCUUAAUGAAAUAAGAGCAAAAUGGCCAUAUCGAUUUAUACGUAAAUACGGAUAUCGUGAUGGUAAAUUCACAUUCGAAGCAGGUAGGAAAUGCUGCACUGGAGAGGGAAUAUUUACACUUCAUCACACCAAUCCUCAAGAAAUAUUUCGUUGUAUGGCCGCGAAAAUGAAAUCUAUGAAAAAGUUAAUAAAUUGCGACAAUCACAAUAAUGACAUUAACGAAAACCAUUGGACAGUCGCCGCAAAUAUGGAGGCGGGUUCCCGUAGCCCCUUGACAUCAAACAACCAACAGUGUAUGAGCAUCGAAAACAAUUCUCAAAGUAGUGUCUCUUAUAGAGAGUUUGCGACAUCUAGCGAUUCAGUUAACAGUUGCUUUACAAACUCUAACAAUUCCAUAUCAACAUUACUAAAUUCCGUUAUAAAACAAGUGCCUAAUAAACCUCCCCGAAAAAUACAAUCAACAUUGCCCACUUCCACAUGUUCUAAUAAAACACAAAUGUAUACAACAAAUCUAAACUUUCAACAAAAUUCUGAUAAACUAUUCAAAUAUCAGAAUUAUGAGGCAGUUUCGAUAACAACAUCAAGUGAUCCUAAUAAAACGAUUGGGUCAACACUUGUUAUAAAACCGAAUUCUCCAGAGUGUGUUCGUAAACAAAAUCUAGCACUGCUUAAUAAUGAAACGUUAGGAGUUGAACGAGACUAUGAAAGCAUAGAAACUGUAACUGAUGCCUGGAAAACACUUGGAAUAGAUGACGUACAGCAUAAGGAACGUGUUUUGACCAACAAUUGUGAUGACGGUUUUAUAGAACCAAGUUGGCAACGUUCCGUCAGUAUUUGUAAUCGUUCAUCAAAGGAAACAUUUUUACCAACUAAAGUGCCGCGAUUAAUAGAUAUUGAUAUCGGAGAAGGAGGCGGAGGAGGUGGCAUUUCAAGUAAUGCCAGGUGCUUUGAUGAUUCAUAUGAUCGUUUGGAUUUUAUGUCACCUAAUAACAAAACAUCCAGCGGUUACAAUACAAUUAUAUCUGUCAUAUCGCCCAUUCGUAAACGCUGCGAUUCUCCCUCUCUCAGUGAUUAUGAAUUUAUAGGCAAUCCGGAAAUUGAAUUAUCUAAGAAAAACGAUACCGACAAAACUGGAAGCAUACGGACUUCGAAUUCGAAUGUACCAUUAUGCCCCACGUCGAUGGCAUUAAACUGCAACAUAGUUGGAUCAAAGUAUUUCGAAUCGUCUGUUGGGCAACAAGUGUAUCAGAGUGCAAACGUAUCACCUUCCCAUGAAAAUUUUAGCGGCAUAAACUAUACGAUAGUGAGUAAGCCUAAAAGAGUUUGAUACUGAAAUUUUGUAUAAAAAUCUCCUUUUAAAAACUGUGAUUGUCGUAUCUGAAUUAGAGCGAUCUAAUUCGAUCGAUUUGCAAAAUCUGUAAAUUCAUGCUUUUGUAUUUGCGCCAUAUGAAUAUAUCUGUAUACAUGUUUUAUAAAAAAUUAAUAACAGCAUUUAAAAAAUUCAA